AUGGUUUCUGACUGUGAGGACUCUGAAGAGGAUUUGGAUGAACAUCUAGUAGUUGCAAUUGAUGCUCCUAAGCUUCAGUAUAUGAGGCUCCGUGAUGGUCGGACCGCGAGUUUCGUACUAGAUAAUAUGGUUUCCCUUGUGAACGCCGAUAUCGACGCUGUGUUUAACUUGAUUCAGGAGGAGAGGUUUGACCCGAAUGAUUUACAAAAGAGAUCUAUGUUUCGUAAGUUUCUCGCUGGGAUCUCUGGUGUCCAAAGCAUGAUCAUCACGUCGAGUACUCUUGAGGUCAUUUAUGAUUACUCAAGAUGUGAGUCGCUACCUUUGUUCAAGAACCUAUCUUUCUUGCGUGUUGGGUCCUUUGGCUACAAGCGGGAGAUGUUGUCAAUGUUUCUUGAGAGAUGCCCAAACCUAAAGUCUCUUGCCCUGGUGAGGAUUAUCUACUAA